AAAGCAGUGAGCAGGCUCAGACGUAGAAAAGAAGAAAAGAAGCUUCUGAGAAAAGGACUGAGUAAAACCACUGGAUCUUGUGAGGGAGCAAGUGUGGUUGACCAGAGACGCUCAGGCCAAGAGGCAGGAGCAGGCCUGCAGAGUCCUCAGGAAAGAUGGGAGAAGAUUCUGGGACUUUUUAGCCACUCCAUGUCCACAGGCAGGGGUGGCUGAGUGUGCUGGCUGUGCUGGCUGCUCCUCCCGGCUUUGAGGGUGACUGAGGACCAGCCUGGAGGCCUGCAUGAUGGAGGGGGUGAACAAGAAGGAGCUGGCAUCUGUGUCCAACCUGGAGACUGGAUUUGAGAACAGUACCCCAGGAGCAGUACCCAGAGCUCACAUGCUGGAGGACAAGAGUCACCAACCUGGGUACAGACCUCCUCAGACCCCAGAGCCAUGGGAAAACUACAGCCUGGGGGAAUCCCUGGGGUCUGAGCCCAGGACGGUCAGCAGAAGGUACCUGAGCUCCCUGAAGAACAAGCUGUCCAGCGGGGCCUGGAGGAAGUCCUACCAGCCCGAGACUGGCCCUGGGUCAGGGACACAGGAGCCCAAGGAGAGGAUUGUCCAGGAGCUGCUGGAGACAGAGCAGGCCUAUGUGGCGCGCCUUCACCUGCUGGACCAGGUGUUCUUCCAGGAGUUGCUGAAGGAGGCCCGCAGCAGCAAGGCCUUCCCCGAGGAUGUGGUCAGGCUCAUCUUCUCCAACAUAUCCUCCAUCUACCAGUUCCAUUCGCAGUUCUUCCUCCCAGAGCUGCAGCGGCGGCUAGACGACUGGACAGCCACCCCCCGCAUUGGCGAUGUGAUCCAGAAGCUGGCCCCCUUCCUGAAGAUGUACAGUGAGUAUGUAAAGAACUUUGAGCGAGCUGCUGAGCUGCUGGCCACCUGGACAGACAAGUCCCCACCAUUCCAGGAGGUUAUCACACGCAUCCAGAGCAGCGAGGCCUCGGGCAGCCUAACCCUGCAGCACCACAUGCUGGAGCCUGUGCAGAGAAUUCCACGCUAUGAGCUGCUACUCAAAGAGUAUGUCCAGAAGCUGCCCGCCCAGGCCCCAGACCGGGACGACGCCCAGAAAGCCCUCGACAUGAUCUUCUCGGCUGCUCAGCACUCCAACGCAGCCAUCACAGAGAUGGAACGGCUGCAGGAUCUGUGGGAGGUGUACCAGCGCCUGGGCCUCGAAGACGACAUAGUAGACCCCUCCAAUACCCUACUCCGUGAGGGCCCUGUGCUCAAGAUCUCCUUCCGCCGCAGCGACCCCAUGGAGCGCUACCUGUUCUUGUUCAACAACAUGCUGCUGUAUUGUGUGCCCAGGGUCAUCCAGGUGGGCGCCCACUUCCACGUGAGGACCCGCAUUGAUGUGGCUGGGAUGAAGGUGCGGGAGCUGAGCGAUGUGGAGUUCCCUAAUGCCUUCCUGGUGUCUGGGAAGCAGCGCACUCUGGAGCUGCAAGCCCGGUCCCAGGAGGAAAUGAUUUCCUGGAUGCAGGCCUGCCAAGCAGCCAUUGACCAAAUUGAGAAGCGGAAUGAAACCUUCAAGGCUGCAGUCCAGGGGCCUGAGGGAGACACUCAGGAGCAGGAGCUGCAGUCGGAGGAGCUGGGCCUCCGGGCGCCGCAGUGGGUCCGAGACAAGAUGGUGACCAUGUGCAUGCGCUGCCAGGAGCCCUUCAACGCCCUGAUGCGCCGUCGCCACCACUGCCGGGCCUGCGGCUACGUGGUGUGUGCCAGAUGCUCUGACUACCGGGCCAAGCUGAAGUACGAUGACAACAGGCCCAACCGAGUCUGCUGUGACUGCUACACGUUCCUCACCGGAAACGUGCUCGCCGAGGACAAGGAGGACAAGAGGCGGGGCAUCUUGGAGGCACUCCCCAGGCUGCUCCCUUGCUGCUGCUGGGGCACCGGCUGUGUUCAGCUUUGCUCCACAAAUACAAUGCCAACCAGCCCAGACAUCGGUUACCAACACCCCACAGGCCGGGUCGACAUCCCACUGUCCCUGGGAGGUGAGAGAAGCACACAGCCUAUUCCAGCUGAGCUCAGCACCCAGGUUCAAGAUAUGCGGGCUCACACCUCCAUCCCCCUGCUGGGCUACCAGGUCACUGCUGGGCCCCAGGCGGACCCCCGGGUCUUCCAGCUGCAGCAGUCAGGCCAGCUGUACACGUUCAAGGCUGAGACCAAGGAGCUGAGGAGCCGCUGGGUGAAGGCCGUGGAGCAGGCAGCCAGUGGCCAGAGCCCUGGGGAGCCUAAUGGGGACCUGUCCGACUAA